ACUAACCCAUCCCUUAAUACAGAUUUAGCAACAUGGGUUCUCUCCCCCACAUCGUCGAAGACUGCAUGGGUGUCCUCCAACUCUUUAGCGACGGCACCAUUUUCCGCCUCAAAGACAUAAACUUCAACAUUCCUGUCGUCCACGACAACUCAGUCAUAUUCAAAGACUGUCUCUACGACGAGAAACUAAACCUCCAUUUGCGCAUGUACAAACCUACGUCAUCCAAAUCCAGUCCCAUGCCUCGUAAUCUUCAGCUCCCCAUCAUUGUAUACAUCCAUGGUGGCGGCUUCUGUGUCGGCUCUCGCGUAUGGCCCAACUGUCACAACUGCUGCGUCCGCCUGGCUUCUGGGCUCGGCGCUCUAGUCAUCGCACCGGACUAUCGGCUGGCGCCAGAGCAUCGGCUUCCAGCUGCCAUAGACGACGCAGUGAGUGCAGUGAGGUGGCUAAAGGGGCAGGCUUUGGGUGAGAGUACCGGUGGCGAUGCAUGGUUGAGCGGCACCGUUGAUUUUGACCGGGUGUAUAUAGUUGGGGACUCGUCUGGAGGGAAUAUUGCUCACCAUUUAGCGGUCCGGUUCGGUUCCGGUUCGUUUGAGGUGUAUCCGGUUCGAGUACGAGGUUAUGUGCUGCUGGGACCCUUUUUUGGCGGGGAGGUCAGGACAAAGUCUGAGGAGGGGCCGUCUGAAGAACUGCUGAAUUUGGAGAUACUUGACAGGUUUUGGAGGCUGUCGAUGCCCAUAGGAGAAAAUAGAGACCACCCAUUGGCAAACCCAUUUGGACCUGCCAGCCCUAGCCUUGAAAAGGUGGCCCUUGACCCUAUUUUAGUGAUAGCAGGAGGAAGUGAAUUGCUGAAAGAUAGAGCAGAGGACUAUGCCAAGAGGUUUAAAGAACUAGGAAAGGAAAUUGAGUUUGUCCAGUUCGAGGGAAAGCAACAUGGUUUCUUCACGAAUGAUCCGUUCUCAGAAAUUGCAAAUGAAGUCAUCCAACUUCUCAAACAGUUCAUGCUUGAAAACUGCAUGUAAUAACUAGCUAGCUAGGCCAGAGAGUUAGAAUCGUACCGCGUGUUGGUUCAGAUUCUUGAUUAAUGUAACAUGAUUUAGCUAGCGAAAGUACGUACGUGCGUAGUACUAGUACGUAAGGCAUGCAUGCAAAUUAAAUUGGUCGUGGAAAAUCAUGAAGCUCUAGCUAGCUAGUUGGGUAUUGUUAUUCAUUUUCUUCUUUUGGAGUACUACUGAUUGUAAUAUGAAAAUCAAACUGGGCUGUGAUUGCACUCUUGGGCACUGGGUUAAUAUAGUCUCUUUGAUCAUACUAUA